AUGGAUAAACAGAAAAAGACCAAUGUGGUGAAAGAAAAUCCUUGGCUUAAACAUAGGCACAGUCUGAUUCACAUUUCUAAUGUUGUAAAGAAUGAAAACAUACAAGAAAAUAGAAACGGGAAUGGAAGUGAAAUCGAAAAAUAUGAGGACAAAUCGAAUGAACAAAUUUAUGGCUCUUUGCCAACUCCAGAUUUGGAAAAAAUCAACAUUCGAGACUUCGAUCAGUACAUUCAUUACAUUACAAAGAUUAACACAUUGAAUGAUGUAAAUAUUCAUAACGUAGAUGAAAUUAAUCUAGACCAUUUUGAAAAUGUUUUGAAGAAUCCCUCCAAGUAUAUAGAAAUAAGAAAAUGUACUGAAAAUUUUUCUCAAAGGGGAGCCACCAAUUGGGACAACUUGGACACGAUAAAUCAUCUAUCGAGCUGUGACCAUUUUGAAUCACAAUGGAAAAAGGACUACGACUCUUUCUUCAGCGAUGAUUCCAAAUGUAACAUGUCUACUCUUGUGCAGGAGCAGAAAGUGCUGAUCGAAAACCUAGACACAAUCGACAGAAGCAUAAACGUACUGAUAUCCAAGGAUUUUCAGAAUUAUCUGCAUAUAAUAACUGUAAUGAAGAAUAUUAGAAAUGAAAUUGAAAGUACACACGAUGAAAUAAAGUCAUUAAAGACACACGUGAAUGAUAUAAAAGGAAUGUUAUUAAAAAAUAUUCAUUUAAAAAAACACAAUGACUUGAAGAAAAAAUGCAUAAAAGUGAAUUAUGUUCUUAAAAAAUUCAUGUAUUUUCAGACUCUACUGAAAGUGUUAAAAAAAAGUUUGCAAAAAAAUAAAAUUUAUCAUUGUCUAGCUGUAGUAAACAAAAUAUUUAAAAUUUAUAAUUUUUUUAGAAAAUUUUUUUUUUUUCAAUAUUUUCAAAAAUAUUUUUCUAAUUUUAACAUAUUAUACUUGAAAAACUUUAUAUCUCAGAAUUUCCUUUUUUCAUUUUUUUAUUACACUUUGUUAUUUCUCUUUCGAUCUAAGAGAAGAAAAGGUCAUCUUUAUUCAGUUCAUAAGUUGAAUAAAUGUCUUCGCCACUACCUUGUGCGUCCCAAUGAUUGGAAUCACCUGCAGGGAAGUAACAGAUCCUUAGAAGAUGAGGCAAUUCACAGGAGCAACAAAACCCGUUGUGGAUUUGCAACAACACGAGAGAGUAACAUUUACAUGAGUUAUUUUAACUCCAAUUUUGACCAUACGCUACCUAAGAAUAGAAAAUCAUGCGACUAUGCAAGCAAAGACACAAAUAUUCAUAAAUCAGAAAAUCAAAGGGAGAAAAAAAAAAUAAAGAACUUUGUAAAAUUUCACAAAUUGAUGAACAAAGAGUUUAUGCGCCUUUUGUACAGGGAAAAAAAAAAAAUUAUCAAGUACAAGAAAAGAAAAAAUGAUGUAAAAUUUUUUGUUAAGCAAUGGAAUUACACAUCGAACACAUAUUUUUGUAAAAAAAGAAACAAAAAAUUCAAGAUGGAUGAACAAAUUUCCCAAUUAAACAAAAUUUUCACGCCGUCUCUACUUUUUAACAACUUCUUUGAUUCAUUGAAACGUUUUUGUCGUAAUCAAAAUUAUUUCAUUCCCUUCGUUGAUAACUUAUUCUAUCAGUCUCUAAGUGAAUCCAUUUUGCUUAUGCAAUGUGACCAGAUUUGUCACAUUCCUGAAGAGACCUCCUUUGGAGAAGUAAAAGGAAAUAAACCCGAUGGAUCUUCUACCAUAGAGGGAGAAAAUUUUAAGCCAGAGGGAUCUCCUACCAUAGAGGGAGAAAAUUUUAAACUAGACAGAAGUAACAUCCACAUGGAAAACAUGUUAGAUAAACAUGGAACCCAAAAUGAAUUGAAAUAUUCAGAAUGGAACAAAGAUAUUCAAAGUGCAUGCAAAAAUCGAAUGAGAUUAGGAAAAGAGAAAAAAAAUAAGAAUCAGUGUUAUGAACGUGGAAAAAUUCACACAUUAUAUUUACUAUCAGAAAAGAAAGGUAACACGAAUAGGCAUAGUAACAAAAUAAUAAAUAGCAUUUGCGAAUAUCUAGUUAUAAAAAAAUGCAAAAGAAAAAAAAAUUUUGAAUUUCAUGAAAAGGAGACAAUAAACAUGUUGCACAGACAUAUAGGUCUGUUCCCUACUGUAAAUUUAAUGCAUUUUUUAAAUAAAUUUUUCAGUAAAAUAAAAAUAGUUUACAGUAAUAUAAACAAAUGGACUUCAUUUUUAAUAAGAAAAACAAUUACAGUAAUUUUGGAUGAUGCUUAUAUGAAUACUUUUAAGAUACAUAUCCCGUUUCUUAUAUCUCAUGGUAGCUAUUUUCAACUUGUUAAGAAAAAAAAAUUCUUGAAUAUGAUGAAACAUGUAUUUAUAAAGUAUUGGAAAAAUUACCAAAAUAUACAAUACUUCCUUUUUAAUAAAUUCUUAGAAAAAUUAAAUGACAUAUUAAAUGAAAGGAAAAAAUAUAAUCUACAUUUAGGAAUUAAUCAAAUGAUUUCUAUGCAUCGGACUAUUCUUCCCAUCUUUUUAUUCAUCCAUAGGAAAAGAUAUCAAUUAAGAAAGAUCUAUUUGCACAUUUUUCUUUUAUCCAUCUUCAGCUUGUUAAGAAAUAAAAGGCAAGCCAAACAUGCACACAAACUGAUUUCCUUAUCUCAUAAGAAUCCUACAAAUGUAAGCCGACUAUACAAACAACCCAUUCGAAAUAAUUUAGUUAAAAAAAGCUUCAACGUAAGAAUAUGUCUAACCAAGAACUUCCUUACUUUAAUCAAAAAAGUAACCUUACUUAACUGCAUAUCCAAACGAAGGAACGAACAGAAAAUGAGGAUUAGAAAAAAUGCUUUGGUUUCUCUUUACCUAUGGAAUAAAACGAAACACCAAACAUGUGAAACUCACAUUGGGGAAGAUAAUCUAAUCAUGGAAAGAUCAAAUGACGAGACAAAUAAAAUAGAUAACCAAUUCGACAAGCACACAGGAAAGAAUUUACCAGUAGAAGAAGACCCCUUGAGAGAAUAUCACCAGAGGUAUUUACCGUCUACACCAUAUAAAAACCUUUGUGUGACAAAUUCAUUGCUCAUUUCGAAUCAGCUGUUUUAUUUGUCAGUGAAAAGGAGAAAAUUAUUAUUAAGACUAGAAAAAAAAAAAAAAAAAAAAAAACAGCAAGAUAUGGUCAAUUUUAUUAAAAUAAUAAAAAGGAAGACAAUGUUAAAAAAAAAUUUCAAAUUCAUGCAUAUUCCUGAUGAAAAGAAAUAUUAUAAUAAGAUCACAAAAUAUAUAAAAAGUGAAUCCAUUAUUGCUAUAAAUAAUUUUUACGAAUUUAAAAAUAUACAAAUGCAUAAAUCAUUGGAAUUAGAAAAAUGGAACAUACUUGAUGAUAUACCAUAUGAAGUAAACACACAGUUAGAAAAAUAUUUCAAAAUAAAAAAUAAAGAUACAAAUAAAUUAUUAAUUAAUAAUAAAUUAUAUUACUUAACUAAUAGUAGUAUAUCAUUUCUAUGUAUCCUAUUUCAGUACGUUCAUUUUAUGUUAUCAUUGCCUUUAAUAUCAAAUGAAAUUGUUACAAAAGUUCUCAAUUUUUAUGACAAACAAUUUUUUACAAAUAUUCAUCAUUUUAUUAUUAAUGGACAUGCAGUUACUAAUAGUACUCUUAAGAGCAUCACAAUAAAAAUACUAGCACUCGUCAUUAACACAGUGGAUUUUACAGAGUCUAUUUUAAUUCAAAUAUAUUCCAUUUGGUACAAGCUCGGGGAGUUUUUCCACAGGGAAAGGAAAAUAAUCUCCACUGGAAAUAGCACAAAUACAGGAGUAGUAACAAAUGUGAUUACAGAUACAAACACAUCAAUGCACAAUGGAAUGAAAAGCAGAGAUAUCAAACUGAGUCAGUGUGUGCAGAAUAUUAAUUCUCAAUGUAUUGAUAAGGAUUCAUUUCGGACACCCAACGGGAUGAUUAUCCAAAUUUUGGGAGAUGUUAAAACGGACUCAUGUGGCAAUAAAAUUUUAACAACUAUUUUUCCUGAAACUGAACAAAAAACGCAUAAUCCGUUUGACACUUCCUCUAGAGAUAAAAAUUGUAAAAGUGAAAAAAAAAAUACUGGUAAGGGAGAAAAAAACAGCAUUUAUAGAAACAACGUGAACUCUAUAAAUCAUAGCGAAAUAAUGAUUCCCAUAAAAAUAAGUGAAAAACAUAUUUCUACAGAAAUGUUACAAGAUGUGAAAUCCCAUGAGGUAAGUAGCGUAUUUGUAGGAUAUAAAAAAUGCAUAACACAUUUCUCCAAGCUUCACCGGUAUUAUAUUCCUCAUGAUAUUAAAUUGUUCAGACAAGAAUGGCAAAACGCUAGUGCAAACUUUAAGCGUGUGUUAGAUAAGUCAUUCCUUCUGAGAAAAAAAUUAUCUCAAAAAAUAGUAGACAUUUUAUCUACUCGAUUUGAUUAUUACACGAACAUUUGGCUAGCUUCAGACAACAUGAUAAAGAAUCAAAUUGUGAAUUCCCUGAACUAUGAGUGUGAUAUAUUGCCAUAUGGGAUGCAACUUCGCUCUACAUGCAAGCUGCUGACAACCUAUCUGCCCGAGGAAGAUACAAAAAGCAUCUAUCGAGAACUGUUCCAAGAUAUAGUAAACAGAUUUAGCUUAAGAAUUAAUGUACUAAAGGGAAACGACAAAUAUAAACAAGUUAUUACAAGACUACUACAAGAUCAUUUAACAGAAAAAUCCGAAAUAGAUCAACUAAUUUUGCAUUAUUACAACUAUGAGUUUAAGGCAAAAAUAACUCACAUUAUUAACAAAAAUGUAGGCGAUAAAAUAAUAAUAGACAUAACCAACGUUUUAAUUAUUUUGUAUAAAAUCCCUUUUUUAUGUGAAAUUAUUGAAACAUUUUUAAAUGAUUUUUUACAAAUUUGUAAAUCCCAUUGGUACGUAACUAUAGACCCAUUUGUAAUUCUAAGUAAAAAAUGUAAAAAAUAG